AUGCAAAGGGGUUCACAGGGGGCCGUCGCCCUGCCGCUGCUGGUGGCGUCGUCUGGUUGCGCCUCGUGGGCGGAUGUUCUUUCCAGCUACCGCAAAACGUGUGAACUGCUGCGCGGCGUGUAUCAGCCGACGACCGAAGAAUUGUACCACGGGCUCUCAAAGAUGGAGACGUCGUGGAGCACCUCGCUCUUCUACUACGGUGUAAUUAAAGGGACAUGUGGCUACAGACAACCGCCGACGCGUCUAGUGAGUGCGGCUUUGGAACGUUUUAAGCGCAGCGGUAAUUUCUACGCGAUCAAACGGGUGAUGGAGGAGGAUGUGGACACCACCACAAAUGAGGGAGCACGCUCAAUGCUUGUGUACGCCUCCUUUACCGGAAUGUGGGAAAGCGCGAUGGCUCUCUACGCAAGCAGCGAACGCAUGCAGAAUAAUCUAGCGGAUACACGAAUCCUGGUGAAUAUACUGGCCCCGAAUGGGCGCUGGGACCACGCACUCCAGUUGCUGUACCGCCGAUCACCCCCGCCGCUAAGCUCCAUGUUCGUUAAACCCAUCGUUCGUUCCCUGGGCUUGGCAGAGGAAUACGACAGGAUGUUCCGACUCGUUGCGGCCUCACUUGCUCAGGGCCAUAAGAUGGACGAGAGUCUUUUUUCCGCCUUGCUGAGGUCAUUGCAAAAGGAAGGCCGCUGGCGUGCCGCCUUGGAGACAGCGGAGGAACUGGGCAUAUUUUCCUUGUCUCGUGAAAUCGCCCCAAAACAUGCGGCGGUUUAUGGUGGACUGUGUGAUUGUCUUUACUUAGCGAACCCUUACUUUAACUUUACAUUGCGUGAGAUUGUGGACGACAUUACAAGUCGCAUGCACCCACGAAAUAAUUUCACUGAUGCUACUAAGAAGAACGAGAAGAAAUUCCGUCUAAUUACUACGAAUGAGAUGUUCCGCAGCUAUAAGCGCUACGUAAGUCCACUCAGCUCCAUAUAUGUGAAGCUUUUUUCUUUGAAUAAAGCUCAUCAUCGCCCGGUCUCUGAGCUUGCGGAUGAGGCGUUAAAGCAUGGCGACACCCUCUUGGUUCUUGACACCAACUUUCUUCUUCAGUGCACGGCAAAAGAUUUACCGCUCAGUCAUUUCUAUCCACCCAUACGAAGGCAAUAUCCGCAUCUUGAAGGCAAACCACUUGAGCAUUUGGUUAUUCCCUUUACCACAGUGCGUGAGAUUUAUCAAAUUAUUUGGAGUCCUUCAACGCAGUUGAAAAGGGCUGUCCGGAACCUUUUGUGGUCUCGUGUGGUGACGUUCUUGAAGCAGCCAUCGGUGACUGUGUUAACGUUUGCUUCAGAAUUUCCAUGCAUAACAUUUUCUGCCAUUUCUAAUUUGGCUUAUUUACGCCUCAACGAACCCGCGAAAGAGGGUGAUCCUGAUUUGCGCAUACUGAAUACAUGCUUGGCUCUUCAACAUACCCUUCGAUUACGAAAAGCGGCAUCACUUCAGGGCGUUUCUCUCAUAUCUGAAGGGACGAUGCUCUUUUCCUUCUUGAAAUACCACGUGCGUCGCCACCACCGUGAUGUUCGGGGGAUGGCCACGGAGUCACUGCUACUGUGUACAUUGGAUAAAAGACUAUCCGCUGCGGCAGACGAAUUGGGAAUCCAAACAUUUCCACAGUUUCACAUUUCAGAAAACGUAGCCUCCGAGACGACGGGAAAGCAAAGGUAG